AUGAAGAAGAUGAGCAACAUCUAUGAGUCAGCUGCCAACACACUGGGAAUAUUUAACAGUCCCUGCCUGACCAAAGUUGAGCUGCGUGUGGCGUGCAAAGGCAUUUCCGACAGGGAUGCUCUUUCCAAACCGGACCCCUGCGUGAUCCUCAAGAUGCAGUCCCACGGACAGUGGUUUGAGGUGGAUAGGACAGAGGUGAUUCGGACCUGCAUCAACCCCGUGUACUCCAAACUGUUUACUGUGGAUUUCUACUUUGAAGAGGUUCAGCGCCUGCGGUUUGAAGUCCAUGACAUCAGCAGCAAUCACAAUGGGCUGAAGGAAGCUGAUUUCUUAGGUGGCAUGGAAUGUACACUUGGCCAGAUUGUUUCCCAGAGGAAGCUGUCCAAGUCCUUGCUGAAGCACGGGAACACGGCCGGCAAGUCUUCCAUCACGGUGAUUGCUGAAGAAUUAUCCGGCAAUGACGACUACGUGGAGCUUGCGUUCAACGCUCGGAAGUUGGAUGAUAAGGAUUUCUUCAGUAAAUCUGACCCCUUCCUGGAAAUUUUUCGGAUGAAUGAUGAUGCCACUCAGCAGCUCGUACACCGAACUGAGGUUGUGAUGAAUAACUUAAGCCCAGCCUGGAAGUCCUUCAAAGUCUCUGUAAAUUCUCUCUGCAGUGGAGAUCCAGACCGCCGACUGAAGUGCAUCGUGUGGGACUGGGACUCCAGUGGCAAGCAUGACUUCAUCGGCGAAUUCACCUCCACAUUCAAGGAGAUGAGAGGCGCCAUAGAAGGGAAGCAGGUACAGUGGGAAUGCAUCAACCCCAAGUACAAAGCCAAGAAGAAGAAUUACAAAAACUCAGGCAUGGUGAUCCUGAAUCAGUGUAAGAUUCACAAGAUGCAUUCCUUCCUGGAUUACAUCAUGGGUGGCUGUCAGAUCCAGUUUACAGUAGCUAUAGAUUUCACUGCCUCAAAUGGGGACCCCAGGAACAGCUGCUCCCUACAUUACAUCCACCCUUACCAACCCAACGAGUACCUGAAGGCUUUGGUAGCUGUAGGAGAGAUUUGUCAAGACUAUGACAGUGACAAAAUGUUCCCGGCCUUCGGCUUUGGUGCCAGGAUACCCCCAGAGUACACGGUCUCUCAUGACUUUGCAAUCAACUUUAAUGAAGAUAACCCCGAAUGUGCAGGGAUUCAGGGUGUUGUGGAAGCUUAUCAGAGCUGCCUGCCGAAGCUUCAGCUAUACGGCCCCACCAACAUCGCCCCCAUCAUUCAGAAGGUGGCCAAGUCAGCCUCGGAGGAGACCAACACCAAAGAGGCCUCGCAAUACUUCAUCCUGCUGAUCCUGACGGACGGCGUGAUCACAGACAUGGCCGACACGCGGGAGGCCAUCGUCCACGCCUCCCACCUGCCCAUGUCGGUCAUCAUCGUGGGCGUGGGCAACGCCGACUUCAGUGACAUGCAGAUGUUGGACGGCGACGAUGGCAUCCUCAGGUCGCCCAAAGGGGAGCCCGUGCUGCGGGACAUCGUGCAGUUUGUGCCCUUCAGGAACUUCAAACACGCAUCUCCGGCUGCCCUGGCUAAAAGCGUAUUGGCUGAAGUUCCAAACCAAGUCGUGGACUAUUAUAAUGGCAAAGGCAUCAAACCAAAAUGCUCGUCGGAAGUCUACGAAUCCUCCAGGACGCUAGCCCCGUGA